CAUGGCCAAGGGCUUCUACAUUUCCAAGACUCUGGGCAUCCUGGUCAUCAUCCUGGGGGUGGCAGCCGUGUGCACCAUCAUCGCUCUGUCCGUGGUGUAUGCCGAGGAGAAGAACAAGAACACCGGGAGCUCCACCGAGGGCUCCACGGCGGGCCCCACGGCGGGCCCCACGAAGCCCAUGACCACUACAGCCACCACCACGGCCACCACCUUGGACCAAAGCAAACCAUGGAACCAUUACCGCCUCCCCAAGACUCUGAUUCCCAGCUCCUACAACGUGACGCUGCAGCCCUACCUCACCCCCAACAGUGAGGGCCUGUACACCUUCCACGGCACCAGCACCGUUCGCUUCAUGUGCAAUGAGUCCACCAACGUCAUCAUCAUUCACAGCAAGAAGCUCAACUACACCGACAUGCAGGGGCAAAGGGUGGCCCUGCGGGGCGUGGGGGGCACGCAGACCCCCACCAUUGACACGACCGAGCUGGUGGAGCUCACUGAGUACCUGGUGGUGCACCUCCGGGAGCCACUGCAGGUCAAUGGCCAGUACGAGAUGGACAGCAGUUUCCAUGGGGAGCUGGCUGACGACCUGGCGGGCUUCUACCGCAGCGAGUAUACAGAGAACGGUGUCAAAAAGGUGCUGGCCACAACACAAAUGCAGGCUACACAUGCCCGGAAAUCCUUCCCAUGCUUCGACGAGCCGGCCAUGAAGGCCACGUUUAACAUCACCCUCAUCCACCCCGUCAACUUCGUGGCACUGUCCAACAUGCUGCCCAGAGGCCCCAGCGUCCCUCUUUUGGGAGAUGGCAACUGGAGGGUCACCGAGUUUGAAACCACGCCUGUGAUGUCUACUUACCUGCUGGCCUACAUCGUUAGUGAGUUCAAGAAUGUGGAGACGAUAGCGCCCAGUGGCGUCCUGAUCCGGAUCUGGGCUCGGCCUAGUGGGAUCGACCAGGGCCAUGGAAAGUAUGCCCUGAAUGUGACAGGCCCCAUCCUAGACUUCUUUUCCAUACAUUAUGACACACCCUACCCACUCAACAAAUCUGACCAGGUCGCCUUACCUGACUUCAACGCCGGCGCCAUGGAGAACUGGGGGCUGGUGACCUACCGGGAGAACUCCCUGCUCUACGACCCACAGUCCUCCUCCAGCGGCAACCAGGAGCGAGUGGCGACCGUGAUUGCUCACGAGCUGGCCCACCAGUGGUUUGGGAACCUGGUGACCUUGGAAUGGUGGAAUGACCUGUGGCUGAACGAGGGCUUUGCCUCCUACGUGGAGUACCUGGGCGCCAACUAUGCAGAGCCCACCUGGAAUCUGAAAGACCUCAUGGUGCUGAACGACGUGUACAGGGUGAUGGCCAUAGAUGCGCUGGCCUCCUCUCACCCGCUGUCCUCACCUCCCAACGAGGUCAACACGCCGGCCCAGAUCAGCGAGAUGUUCGACUCCAUCUCCUACAGCAAGGGAGCUUCGGUCCUCAGGAUGCUCUCCAGCUUCCUGACGGAGGAUCUGUUCAAGAAGGGCGUGGCAUCCUACCUCCACACCUUUUCCUACAAAAACACCAGGUACCUGGACCUGUGGGACCACCUGCAGAAGGUCAUAAACGAUCAAACAACCGUCAAGCUGCCGGACACCGUGCACAACAUCAUGGACCCCUGGAUCCUGCAGAUGGGCUUCCCGGUCAUCACCGUGAACACCUCCACGGGCACCAUCUCCCAGGAGCACUUCCUCCUUGACUCCAAGUCUGUCGUCACCCGCCCCUCACAGUUCAACUACCUGUGGAUUGUGCCCAUCACUUCCGUCAAAAAUGGCAUGCAGCAGGCGGACUACUGGCUUCAAGGCGUUGCACAGGCCCAGAAUGACCUGUUCAAAACCCCAGCUAAUGAGUGGGUCCUGCUGAACCUCAACGUGACGGGCUACUACCUGGUGAACUAUGACGAAGAGAACUGGAGAAGGAUCCAGACUCAGCUGCAGACAGACCUGUCGGUCAUCCCUGUCAUCAACCGGGCUCAGGUCAUCCAUGACACCUUCAGCCUGGCCAGUGCCCAAAAGGUCCCUGUCACCCUGGCGCUGAACAGCACUCUCUUCCUGAUCCAAGAGAGAGAGUACAUGCCCUGGGAGGCCGCCCUGAGCAGCCUGAGCUACUUCAAGCUCAUGUUCGACCGCUCUGAGGUCUACGGCCCCAUGAAGAGCUACCUGAGGAAGCAGGUCACGCCUCUCUUCGAUUAUUUCGAACAAAUCACCUACAACUGGACGGUUCACCCACAGAACCUGAUGGAACAGUACAGCGAGAUUAACGCCGUCAGCACCGCCUGCACCUAUGGGGUUCCUAAGUGUAAGGAGCUGGUCUCAACUCUUUUCGCAGAGUGGAGGAAGAACCCCCAAAAUAACCCGAUCAACCCCAACCUGCGCUCCAUCAUAUACUGCAACGCCAUUGCCCAGGGUGGUGAGGAGGAGUGGAACUUCAUGUGGGAACAGUUCCAAAAGGCCACGCUGGUAAACGAGGCCGACAAACUCCGUGCAGCCCUGGCCUGCAGCAACCAGGUCUGGAUCCUGAACAGGUACCUGAGUUACACCAGGAACCCUGACCUCAUCCGGAAGCAAGAUGUCACCUCCACGCUUAGCAGCAUCGCCAGCAAUGUCGUCGGGCAAAAUCUGGUCUGGGACUUCGUCCAGAGCAACUGGAAGAAGCUCUUUGAGGACUUCGGCACUGGCUCCUUCUCCUUCUCCAACCUCAUCCAGGCAGUGACGCGACGGUUCUCCACGGAGUUCGAGCUGCAGCAGCUGCAGCAGUUCAAGAUGAACAACAUGGACGUAGGCUUCGGCUCAGCCACUCGGGCUCUGGAGCAAGCCCUGGAGAAGACCAAAGCGAACAUCAAGUGGGUGAAAGAAAACAAGGAAGUGGUGCUCAAUUGGUUCACAGAAAACAGCUAAUAGUCCUUGGUCCUUAACCAUCACCUGGCCCCCCAUGUGAGAUGCCUCUAUGUGUCUGCCCCCGUGGCCCACGGCAGUACCCCAUUCCUGGAGCCUGAGGCGAUGGUGUCCUCCACUCAGGGACAAAGUCUCUGGUCCACGUUUUCUCCAGUCUGCCCAGGAACCGAUCCAGUUCCUGAUGACCAGACUGUCCAAGCACCUUCCAGCCCCUGCCCCUCAUGCCAACCCCCACCCCAGGCCUGGCAUGGUGCCUGUCACCCAGGGCCCUGGGGCUGAUCUCAGGGAAGCCCAGCUCUAGGGCCAGAUGAGCAGAAGCCCUCAAUGGACGAUGGAUGGCCUUGGGGGGGUAGCCCUGUGCCCGCUCUCACCUUCCCAUAAAGACCCCGAACCUAAAGAAUCAACAGGGCACAAGAUCUAUAUAUUUUUUUUUCUAAGAGAAAAUGUAAAUAAAGGAUUUCUAGAUCAA